AUGUCGCAACCAAAAAUAUUUUUUGCCAAGAUUUUUGUUUACCUAAUCUUGUUAUUAGUAACCAUUCACAAUACUUCUUCAUUCACUUAUUACUAUCCGAUCAAGAGAUCUCUAAUUUUUUCUCAAAAUGGAAUCAAUAUACCGAUAACUAAUAAACGCCAAGCGGUUACUCCAUUACCAAUUGCAGUGGGACCGACCCUUUUCAGUACACAAGAAAAACUUGUAGCUACAGUUGAUGCAGCAGAAAGUCACUCAUCGCAAAUUGAAGCUAUUGAUGAAGAAGCUUUAGCAACAAACCUCGACAACGAAGAAUACAAUAU